CCUUUAGAACAGAUUGCAAGCUGGCUCCCAUAACGUCAUCGAUUACGUUAUCCCAUUUAGGAUGCAAACUGAAGCUGUGUGCAGUGACCAGUGAAAUUAAACAACACACAUUUAGUAGCUGUUAAUGUGCUUUGAGUACACUUUGAGAUCUCGUUAUUGGUUAAUUCAUAGGAGCUGCUCUAAUUUGCUCAUCGCUUUCGCAAAUUUUUAUUUCCCGGUUAGUUAAAUUUGUUGCUGUGUUUCUCGUAAAAAGGCCGUUCGCCUUUCGACCUGUUAUUUACGCGAGUGCGUUGAUGCUGACCUCUGCUGCCGCUAAUACGACAACUUCACGUUUGGUCGGAAGGAACAGACUGUUUUUUCUGUUGAGGAUGGUGCGACCCGACCGUACCAAAACAACGCAGUGAUUGGUCAGAAUCCCGAAUCGCGUUGUGCUCAUUGGUUCGGCUUUAGAGAGCACCGCCUCUUCUCUCUUCUCAUUGGUCAUAUGCAAAUGUGCUGGGCUUCCUUGUUAUGAAGUGUCAAAAAAGUGUGCGUCAGAAGCGCUUUCGUGUUGAGUGACGUUUCCUGGGUAAUUGGUCAAAGAACAUAUGAUUGUUUAGUAAUCAUUUUAAUCAUUCUUUGAAUCAAUAAAUAUCUCAACAACAUAGAAUUAACCGGUCACAUUAUUAGGUACAACCACUCAAUCUAACAAGAGUCGUACCAAGAUUCUGUUACACAUUUCUUGUUGUACACGAGGUAAUAUUGUGUAAUAAUGCUCAGUUUGGAUUGACACUGUCGAAGAGAGCGGAUGGAAUCUAGGGAACGUGAUCUCAACACAUCGGUCCCGCUACCCCAACCCCCACCUUGUGCUUGGUUUUGAGUGACACUUCAUCCUCCAUUACAGCGUCGCCCAGAAUUGUAAAUGUGAUUAUUGACAACUUUAUCGCGUGGAGAUGUGGAGGAUAUGAUGCUCCUCCCCGAGGAUGGGAUCUUUGUUGGAUUAUCCGAUGAGGACCACAGGCAGCAGCUCGGACGGGACAGAGGACUCGGAUUUCUCCGCCGACCUCGAGCUCGCCGAAGCGGUCGGGAGCGCGCAACGACGUAAUAGCGCGCGCCCGACUCGCACGUCCCUCCGUCUCAGCCGAAGCACAAGAGAAAACUCCGGCGCCGCACGAAGCGGUUCUCCCGCGCCAGUGGAGACGGCAGCCUCCGCGUGUUCCUCCAGACGCAGGAGCACGCGGAGCCAACAGGGGGCGACAAACGCCACAGCAAAAAAAUACCCACUGCGGCAGGGCAGGUUAUCCGGCUCAGAUAGCGAGGUUCAUCAUGGCUUGAAGCAGGCAGCGGACCACGACGAGACCCCUCCCCGCACGCCGACCGGCAAUGCCCCAUCUUCGGAGUCGGACAUUGAGACGCCCAGCCCUGGGAAUGACCUGGUCUCUCGCGGAAAUGAUGUCGUCGUUUCUCAAGAGGAGGAUGAGAGAUUGGCAAAGGAGCUGUCGCUCAAAGAGGCCGCCGCUCACGACCUCUCUCACAGGCCCAAACGGCGGCGGUUUCACGAGAGCUACAACUUCAACAUGAAGUGUCCCACGCCUGGAUGCAAUUCACUGGGUCACCUGACAGGGAGACACGAGAGACAUUUCUCCAUAUCAGGGUGUCCUCUAUAUCACAACCUGUCAUCCGAUGAAUGCAAGGGCAAGGUGUCAACUCGCGAGAAACAGGCCGACGAAAGGACGCUGUCUCACCGUCAGGAUGAGAAUAGACAUUCUGCGAGAAACCAGACCCCAACAGAACGUCAGCUGCGCUACAAGGAGAAGGUGACGGAUCUGAGAAAGAAGAGGAACGCUGGGCUCAAUAAGGAGGAGAAGGACAAGUACAUGGAUCACCGUCAGAGCCACGGGAUGAGUCGGGAGCCCCUGCUGGAGAACAUCACCAGCGACUAUGACCUGGACCUGUUCAGGAAAGCGCAGGCACGUGCCUCGGAGGACCUUGAGAAGCUUCGUCUGGCCGGCCAGGUGUCGGAGGGGAGCAACAUGAUUAAAAUCAUUGUGUUCGGACGCUACGAAUUGGACACGUGGUACCACUCGCCCUACCCGGAGGAAUACGCUCGCCUCGGGAGGCUGUACAUGUGCGAAUUCUGCCUCAAGUAUAUGAAGAGCCAGACCAUCUUGCGCAGGCACAUGGCCAAAUGUGUUUGGAAGCAUCCUCCGGGUGAUGAAAUCUACCGAAAAGGCAACAUUUCAGUUUUUGAGGUCGAUGGCAAGAAGAACAAGAUUUUCUGUCAGAACCUGUGCCUGCUGGCCAAACUCUUUCUGGACCACAAGACUUUGUAUUACGACGUGGAGCCGUUCCUCUUCUACGUGAUGACGGAGCUGGACAACACAGGCUGCCAUCUGGUCGGCUAUUUCUCCAAGGAAAAAAACUCUUUCCUAAAUUACAAUGUGUCCUGUAUCCUCACCAUGCCACAGUACAUGAGGCAGGGCUAUGGCAAGAUGCUCAUCGACUUCAGUUACUUGUUGUCAAAGGUGGAAGAGAAAGUGGGCUCGCCGGAGCGACCGCUAUCCGACCUGGGCCUCAUCAGCUAUCGCAGUUACUGGAAGGAGGUGCUGCUGCGCUACCUCAAUAAUUUCCAAGGGAAAGAGAUCUCCAUUAAAGAGAUCAGCCAGGAGACGGCGGUGAACCCAGUGGACAUUGUCAGCACGCUGCAGUCCCUCCAGAUGCUCAAAUACUGGAAGGGGAAACACUUGGUUUUAAAACGACAGGACCUUAUCGAUGACUGGAAAGCCAAGGAGCGCAAACGCGGUCACGGCAAGACCAUCGACCCCACGGCCUUGAAGUGGACGCCGCCGAAAGGGACGUAGAGGAGCAUCUUUACACACCCCCACUCAAAAAAACGGUCACAUCCUCUCCAGCGACUCCGGCAAGCACACACGCAACAUCGUCGCACUCGCGUCGCCGUUUAGAAACGCUUCCGGCGUCUGUUUCCCAAAUCACGUCAUUGUUUUGGUUCUCGCACUCAUCACUCCACUUCCAACAAAGCUUCCGUUGGUUGCCUCUUUGGCUUCCGUUCAUCAUGGUCCCAGAUGAAGCUCUCGGGUGUCCUCCCUUGAAUGAUUGUCAGCCUGAAUAAGAACGGCGGAGAAAAUGUAGCAUGCGGUCAUGUCGGGCGGGCGUGUGACCAAUCACUGCUUAUGCCUCAACCUCUUCCUUGCAUUCCCCGAUUUCUCCGGCAUACAAUGUGCGCUACUAUUGAUGAGCUCUUUUCCAAAACGUUGUAAAUCUAUUUUAGAGAAAAGUCUGUACACAAUGAAUGGCAUGGGGGAGAUUUAUCUUUUUACUCUUUUGGAGGGUGGGGACGGCGGGAUGGUGUUUGCUUUCGUUUUGGAAAAGAGGGCUUCAAGAACUCUUUUGUCAAGACGCCGCAGUGCAGGUUCAAAUUGAGAACGUUCUCAAUCAGAGUCACCGUAACCUGAAAUCAGCCGGACUGAGCUUUGACUGGAAAAUACUUGAAAAUAAUUGAGAGAAAAUUCUGCAUUUUACGAGUCAUGUUUGAAAAGACGAGCGUUCAAAACGGCCAGAUUGAUGUAAAAAAAUAAAAUAAAAUAAAUACACACACACACACACACACACACACACACACAGGAGCUAUUCAAAUAAAUACUUUUUGGAGUUACGUAUCAAAUGAGUGCAUGCCAGGAUUUCAAACCUACGACACCUGGAAGCUCUCGCUGCCAUCGGCCUUAUUUGGACUCGAGUACGUCUUUGAUUUCCGAAGGGACCUGCCUUGCUUUGUCUCAGUGUCCUCAAUGGGGCGCGUGUGCGAGCUUUUCGCGGUUUCCUGGCAAAGUUCUCAAUAUUUCAUCAUUUUCUACCUCUUAGGUUUCACCACUGUAAAAAUGUUGAAAUAUUCCACAUUUUGGUCCUGUUUGUUCCUGUGUGAAAUAUCUUGUUCAUCUUUUUGAUUCGAUUUGUUGAAGGACGUUGUGUUAUUUAAGUUUUAAGAAUGUGUCGAGUGUAGAAUAACAGUGGCGGGAUUCUCCCAUGUGAAUUUGAAAUAUCGGCGUCAAAAUAUGUUUAGAUUGGGAAUUUCAUGAACACUACUGCAUUGGGAAAAGUCAUUCACAUUUCUUACCAUUUUCCUGUAAAACUGGAUUGACACUGCGAGUCCAAGUGCCGUAUUCCAAAAGAAAGCCUUUUUUUUUUUCAACUAACAUGACUUU